UAAGCCACUCUUCGUACAGCAUAGCCUGUUGCGUCUGUGUUAGGAUUAGUUUUUAACUGCACAGAAUGUCUGAAAACAAGAAAAAGGGCAGAGGAAAAAAGAAAGGUGACAAACGUGGUAAAGGCAAGGGGAAAAGAAAAGCUGUUCCUCCAAAGCUGAAAAAACUGAAGAAUCAAACUCUUCUGGAAGGACAAAAGCUUUCCCUGAGAUGUGAGGCAGUAGGAAAUCCCCGACCCACCUAUAAAUGGUUCAAAGAUGGAAGAGAGAUAAAGAAAAACAAAGAAAUCAGGAUAAAAACUGGCAAAAAAAACUCGAGACUUCAGAUAAAUAAACUGAAGGUGGAAGAUGCUGGGGAAUAUACAUGUGAGGCUGAGAAUGCAUUAGGCAAGGACACUUCUAAAACUACCAUUAAUGUGCAAGCUGUUGCUACUACGACACUCUCACCUGAAUCUGGCCAUGCUAGAAGAUGCAAUGAGUCUGAGAAAUCCUACUGUGUCAAUGGCGGUGUAUGUUAUUAUAUUGAUGGUAUUAAUAAACUUUCUUGCAAAUGCCAACCUGGAUUCUUCGGACAAAGAUGUUUGGAGACUGAGCCCUUGAGAACAUAUAAACCUGAUCUAAAAGCUGAGGAACUGUAUCAAAAGAGAGUCUUGACCAUUACUGGCAUUUGUGUUGCACUUCUUGUUGUUGGAAUUGUGUGUGUAGUGGCAUAUUGUAAAACAAAAAAACAAAGAAAGAAAAUGCACAGCCAUUUGAGGCAAAAUCUUUGUGUAGACCAUCAAAACCGAAACCUUGCCAAUGGGCCCAACCAUCCCGGCCCUCUCCCAGAAGAUAUUCAAAUGGUUGAUUACAUUUCAAAAAAUGUUCCAGCCCCUGAACACGUGAGACGACAUGAAACGGAAACUUCAUUUUCUGCAAGCCAGCCGUCGUCCACAUCUCAUCACUCCUCCACAGUUACACACACAUCCAGCCAUAGAAAUGGAGAUCACACGUGGAGCAUAGAGCGGACUGAGAGUGCAACUUCAGAAAUGCAUUCUGGUAUGAUGACAUCAUCAAUAGAAACCAGUAAAUGUAACAGUCCCAUGGAACCACGAGGCAGACUAAGCGCAGUUUGUGGCCACCAUGACACAAGGCAUCCGAUCUUCCAUUGCAGGGACUCAGUGGAUUCUCUCAGAGAUUCACCUCAUAGUGACAGGUAUGUGUCUGCCCUCACAACACCAGCCCGUUUAUCACCUGUUGAUUUGCAUUACUCUCUCCCUUCAUACGCAACUGGUUUUGAGAUGUCUCCACGUGGAUCUACCCAUGCAACAUCAAUGCCUCCAGCAGCGGUUGGUUAUACGGUGGAAGAUGAACAGCCUUUGUUGAGAAGAUACCACAAGUACCAACAAGACAACCAGAGACACAACCCCUACAAGCAGCGCCACAGCUAUCUUCAUGACAGCUUUGGAAGUCUCCCCCCUAGUCCAAUGAGAAUGGUAGAGGAUGAUGAGUACGAGACAACACAAGAGUACAUCCCAGCACUAGAUCGACCAAAGAAAAUGACAAACAGCAGUAGAAGGUGGAGAAAAACAAAACCAAAUGGUCACAUUUCACACAGAGCUGAAUGCGACUGUGACUCAAACUCAGAAAGUUGCUGCUCUGACACUGAUUCUGAUGGUGAGAAAGCAGGAGAGCAUACACCUUUCUUAAGCACUCAGAACCCUCCAGCAGCAAACACAGAAACAGCUUCAGUAUUCCGGUCUUCUGAUAGUAGGACUUACUCAUCCAAUAGACACAAUGUGCGAGAGGACGUACACACCCGAGUAACACGUGUAAAAUCAAAUCAAGACUCAACCCCUGUGUAAAUGCCAUAGAUCUGCAACUGUAAAAAUAUUUUAUUUUAUAUAAUUAUCAAAUAUUCUAAAAUUAAAUUAAACAUUUUAUUUUCAUUUUAGCAAAGUUGUCUUACAGCUAACAGGAAAGUCUUUUAUAGGAAAACAUGUAUUUAUAUGUAAAAUAUGAGUUACAGUUAAAGAUGAUGAUGGUGUGCCAGUUUUUCACAUCAUAAAUAGA